AUGGUUUUGAGUACAGGUUCUGUUUGUAGUGGAAACUAUGGCCAAGAAAUUACUGUGGAAACCCUUAAAGAUUUUCACAGGAGAAGGCUUGAGGUUCUUUCUGAAGCUGGAGCUGAUAUAAUUGCUUUUGAAACAAUUCCAAAUAAACUUGAAGCUCAAGCAUAUGUUGAACUUCUUCUGGAGUGUGACACAAAAAUUCCAGCUUGGUUUUCUUUCACUUCGAAGGAUGGGAUCAAUGUUGUUAGUGGAGAUUAUAUGGCUGAAUGUGUUUCUCUGGCUGAUUCAUGCAAGAAAGUCGUUGCUAUUGGAAUCAACUGCACUGCACCUAGAUUCAUCUACAAUUUAAUUCUCUCUAUUAAGAAGGAAACACUAAAACCCAUCUUAGUUUAUCCAAAUAGUGGCGGCGAAGGGUAUGAUCCUGUUAGAAAGGAUUGGGUGGUGAGUUUUUACAACCUCGUUGAUACUUCAACAUGUCUUCUUCCUGUUGCUUCGAUAUUAUUGAGUUCUAAACAUAAGCAAUUCUGA